UGACCACCUGAUACAGACGGAAUCCGUAGUCACAUGCACAUGCUCAGUUUGGUGUGUAUUGCUAGAUACGUUUUGUUUUUUGGGAUGGUGCAUGUGAUCAGCACAGGGCCAAUCAGCACUGUUCAGACAGAGGGUCAGAGGAUGUACAUCCUCCUAGAGCAGAAAGAAAACUCAUCCUACAAGCUUUAGCCAGUGCUCUGCUGAUGUCACAAGACUGCUCUAUGUGCUGAUGAGAAAAGUUAUUUAGCAAUUUAUAUUUUCUAAAAUAAUUGCAUUUCCAUGUAGUGUGUACUGUGGGAGACCAGAUAUAGUGAAUGCAGGGUCCAGG